AUGGAUUUGAGGUGGGGGAGAUCCUCCCUGGCGACCAGCGGGUGUGCUGACUUUGGUCCAUAUCUGAAAAAGGAACACCUAGUCGACCUUCAACAGGCUGAAGACCUGAAGCAGUUCUGGCUGGAUGCUGGUCUUGAUGACGUCAAACUCGCUUCUUAUGACGUGUUGCUCUCGGCGCCCGACCCGGACCAUCCUAACUUCAUUCGUCUACUGGACGGACAGGACAAGGUGGUGUACGAGUCUCCGGCAAAAGAGGCCAACUUAACGGGCGAGGACCAACCAGACGUCGUGCCUCCUUUCAACGCUUACUCUGCUCCUGGGAAAAUGACAAACAAUGAUCUUGUGUACGUCAACUACGGUCGUGUUGAAGACUAUAACUUCCUGGAAAACAACGCAUCACUGACAGUCAAUGGAAAGAUCGUUAUCGUGCGGUAUGGGAAAAUCUUCAGAGGAAGCAAAAUACAGAUGGAUAUAUCUACGAACGACGUAAUGCCGAAGGCGGUCAAUGUAAUAGGAAUUAUCAGGGGAGCCGUAGAACCAGACAGAUAUAUUAUGUUCGGCAAUCACCGUGAUGCCUGGGUGUACGGCGCCACUGAUCCGUCCAGUUGUACGUAUGUUAUGAAGGAGCUCUCUAGAGUGUUGGCAGUGAAAGUCAAAUCUGGUAGAUGGCGCCCUCGUCGACCUAUCAUGUUCUGCAGCUGGGGUGCUGAGGAGUAUCGUCUUAUGGGAUCUACUGAAUGGGUUCAGCAUUACAUCAAGAAUUUGAGGGAACGGGCUGUGGCGUAUGUGAAUAUAGAUGCUGCAAUAGGAGGUAACUAUUCUUUGCGAGCUAGCGGGACGCUUCUUCUUUUCAGGGCAUUGUUUGAAGCCACAAAAAAGAUGAGUUUCGUUUACUCCUGCCACGUGCUGAUGGACGCACACGUGUCUAUAGACGUCGAGCAGAACGUUAUGCUCCAAACUGCAUGCAACAAGUCGACCGUUUUAGUGCUAGCAGUGUCAUGGUGUGGGCAGAAAUCCAUCAUAAUUGGUAGGACGGCUCUUGUGCAUGCGGCAGAUGCACUGACGGGCAUCAGUUAUAGAGAGGAGAUCCUGCAGCAACACGUCAUUCCGCACACGAACAUCAACGGUAGAAUGUUUCAACAUAACAAUGCCAGACCAAACGUUGCAUGUGUACCAAACCCGAAUGAAUCGGAGAAAGCUGCUGGCAGACCAACUGUGUAUGAUACCUGGUUUAAGAACAUUCCUUGGAAAGACGAAAACAACAAACCACUUGGAAUACCAAAACUUGGUUCUUUGGGAUCCAGAAGUGAUUAUGCACCCUUGUUACAGAAGAGUGGGGUCACUGGUAUCGACUUCCAGUACACAUAUAAUACUUAUCAUCAAGCCGUGGCUCGUGUUGGAGUCGAACUGUUGCACAAUCUUGCCGACUCACUUAGCAUCCCAUUUAACGUGUCGGACUACGCCUGGCAACUUGAGGAGUACAGACAGACACUGGAUGCUGAUUACGGAUCAAACCUUGGAGCGAAGAUUUCAACCUAUGAUAAGCUUGAAGAGAUCAUUGCCAACUUUUCAAAAGAAGUUGAAGCCUUCAACACAAGAGUAGCCAACAUGAAUAGGAACGACUGGAUCAAGCAGAUCAAUAUCCUGAUCUUCAACAUUUGGAAGUCCAUCAAAACUGGAACUGGAAUUUCAUCUGAAUGUGGUACUGGGCGAAUAGCUGAGGGUAAGCUGGGGGUACUGGAUCUUAUCCCGAUGGCUAUUCGUAUGGUGAACGAUCAGCUAACUCUACUAGAGAAAGCUUUCCUCGACCCUCAGGGAUUACCAGACAGACCGACACUGAAACACGUCAUUUUCGCCGAGAACAGCAACGACAUAUACGCCGGAAUUAGCUUCCCGGGUCUGGUGGAUAUUCUGUUUGAAAUAGACAAACACCCGAACACGUCCGCCAGGUGGGAGCAGGCCAAACUUCAUUUCUCCGUCAUUCUGUACAUCAUCGAUGCAGCGGCUGCCACACCGCGUGACGUCACGAACUUUGUACGAGAAUCAACCUGACAUGUACAUGUCUUUAUAAUAUGUCUUAGUAUAUACAUUUGGAAAUUAAAUAAGGACAGUCUCAGUUGAAUUGGAGCCACAAGGGCGUUUAGUAGUAACUGCCAGUAUCAAAGGAGGUUAAACCUCAUACUGAGACCCCU